GGGGAACUUCUGUGUGUGAUUACAAGCCUCAUCAAAAAUCUGAUCAUCGACAAAUUGGCUGGCCCGAUGGGAAAAGCAAUAGACGGCGUGUAUGAUAUGUUUUACUUCAAUGUAUCAAUUCAUUACUCGUUCAAGUACAACAUUACCCAGUCGAAGAAUCUGUCGCAGGUCCGAGACGACAUCAUGGCGGACGUGAAGGCGCGUGUCGGUCAGCAUGAUAACCUGAUGAGCGUAGUACAAUACGCCAUGACGUUUUCUAUCAUCUUCGUUCUUCUAAAAGCAAUAAUAUACCGUAGGAAAUACCUUACGACAGACAGGUAUGACAAUAUUUACAUAACUCUGAAAGUGGAAAGUAUAGACGAGCGAAGAUGUGAACACGGGAACGACAGUAUACUACCACUGACAACCAAGGAGUCCACCAAGUAUAAAAAGACAAGCUCCUUAUCCCUAGCGAAACGAGAAAAAUCUAAACUGGCGAAAGGCAUUAUGAUGCUCGUCAUCAACCUGACCUACGCAAGUUUCUACAUCCUCUGUGACUACUGUUUGUACUGGCUACUCGCCCUCCUCCGCCAACAGUUGCAGAUCAAAACACACACUGCAGUUCCUCCCCAUCUGAAAAUUCACGUUCAAGGUGACGGGGCUAUGGCCGACAUGUAUCGAGCCUUAGUUGGAUUCUUUGAUCCCUUCGUGACAGGAGUCGACAUGGAUAACACACCUUGCUUACCGAACCCAAGCAAACCCAACAUCGCCAUUUAUAAGCAAAUAUGGAGUAUGUUUUGUCUUUAUCUAUUCCUGACACUCUUUGAAGCCUAUGGUCUACGUUUGCGGCACGUGAUUGCCGCUUGUUAUUAUCCUAGACGUGAGCGACAUCGCGCGGUAUGGCUGUACAAUCACAUACUAAAAACAAGGGGCGGCUUCCUUAAAAUCACCCGACGACAGAUGAAACGGAAGUACCUUAAGAGCACAGAGACGGAAAAGAUCAGUAUCCGUGGCAAAUUGGCUACAAAGUAUCCAUUGGCUGGGAAGUUGUUCCGAUACCUAGGAUGGGAUAGGAAGUCGUGUAUAUGUUGUGGCCGGGAAGGUAGGAAAGAGGACCAUGAGAACUUUCAACACUGUGUGAAUGCCGGGUGUGACGGUUUAUACUGCACUGUCUGCUUCUCCGACUUGAACAACAUGUGUACUGUCUGUAUGAACCCAGUGGACUAUGGAGACUUUUCCGACUUUAGCGAAGAAAGAGAUUCCAGCGAGGAUGAAGAUGAAGUGGCAAAGCUUAAGGAGAUUUCACAGCGAAAGCGGCAAGAAAUACAACGUCUUCAAGAAAGUCGGACGCCAUCAAACAUCCUAGGAACAUUCCGAAAUCAACUCCAGAUCACAAAUAAGAGCAUUGAUUAGGGACAUACAGGACCAAAAGUGCCAGGGAUUCUUGUAUCUAUUUAAACAUUUCAAAUUGUUAUUUAUAUACACUGUAUGCUUAUAAAAUCUGAUAGGGAAGGUCAUUCAUUUGUUAUUAUCAAUCUUCGGAAUAAUUCAAAAUGACACUUUCUGCAUCGUUUGUUGACAUUUUUCGCAUCUUGCCCAAUGUUAAAUUCAAUGUUUCGUUUUUUUUCUAUCGAUGAGGUUUUGAAUUUUGAGAGCAGAAUUGUACGUUCAACGUUUUAGAAUCAUAAACUUUGCACGAACCGCAAUUGCGCAGCAGUCUUGGGCUUGUAACACCUCUUUUAAUCGUCAUGUCUACAUAAUGUGACACAUCUACCUUAUCCUCUACCAUUAUCGUGCAAAUUGACAAGUCUGCAUCUAUUAAAACAC